AUGUAAGGAACUCCAGAUUUGGAUCAAGCCCCAGUUGCUUCUUCAACCUAACCAUGGGGUAAAUUAAUAUCAAUGAAUGGAGCAAAAGUAAGCUCUCAAGAUCUCUUUGAUAAUGAAGUAGAAUCUCAACAACUAUCUAGGUUACUAUUGGGAGAAUGCCAACAAACAAAAUUAUAAUUCCAGACAAUAGACUAUCUGGGACUCAUUGUAAUUUAAAAUGGGAUGCUGCAAAUAAUAUAGCUUAACUUUAAGAUUUAUCAACUAAUGGAACAUUUAUAGGCGAUUAAAAAAUAGGCAAAAACAAUGAAAUAAUUGUUAAAAAUGGGGAUGAAAUAUUUAUUUUGCAUAAAAGUAAAGUACCUAUUUCAGAUAUUAUUGGAUUUACAUUGAUAAUACAAUAAGUCAAAGAAGUGAAAGUAGCCGCCUAAUUAGAUGAAUAAUAACAAAAGAAGUUGUAAAUGAUGGAGGAAAUGUAAGAUGAUAUUCACUGUCCUAUUUGUGAUGAUGUAAUUUUCUAAUGCGUUUCACUUAUUCCUUGUUUACACAAUUUUUGUGGAGCAUGUUUCUCAGAUUGGAUGGCUAAACAAAAAACAUGUCCUUCUUGUAGAAAGGAGGUUCAAUCAGUUAAUAAAAAUCCUAUGGUUAAUAAUGUCGUAGAGAAAUAUUUGCUAAUGCAUCCAGAAAAGAAAAGACCUCCUGAAGAAUAUAAAGAAAUGGAUGAGAAGAAUAAGAUAAAAGGAGAUGCACUAGUUUUUACUUAAGCUGCUCCUCCUCCACCGCCGCCACAAUAAGUUCCAAUUGUUUAAAAUGUAGCACCUGCUAGAGGAAGGGGAAGAGGAAGAGGAUAAGCUUAAUAGUAAUAAUAAUAAUAAUAAUAAUCAUAAAACACCGUACAAGAUUAAUCAAAUUAUAAUGGACCAGUUACAAAAGAUUGCGUUACUUGUUUAAAAGCCAUAAAUGGAUUUCAAUGUCAAAAAAGAGGAUAGCAACAUUUGAAUUGCACUAAUUGUGAAUCAAAAAUGCCUAAGUUUGGUAAUAUACUUUAAUUAAUAUAUAGAUUUAAAUGAAAAAAGACUAGUUUUUAGAUGCGAAUUAUGUGAGAGGUUCUUUUGUUCAAUUUAUAACAAAAAUUGCUCUUAGAUUAGUAAUAAGAAUCCUAUGUACAAACUUUAAGAACAUAAAGUCCCUGGAACUGUUGACAUUCAAUGUUUUCGAUAAAAUUAUAUAGAAUAAAAAGGAUUCCUUGAUUAUUAGAAAAAUAACAAUAUUACUACCUAAGACAUAUUUAAAUUUAUGAUGGAGAAUUGCAUUAAUAAAGGACAAUUCAGAUACAUUGAAAGCAAUAAAAUACUCCUUAAUCCUGUUAGAAAUAUUGAUUUGACAUUAAGUCCUGAUACAGUAAAAAUUAAUUUUAAUAUAAAAGGCUGUUUGUAGUUAUUGUUUUGGAUUGAUAUGGUAGUAAAUUGUGUUUAGAUAUAGAAUUGCUAUUAAAAAUCAAUUGUCAGAUGAUCUUAAAAAUAGAUCUCAAUGUUGGUUUGGAAUUAAUUGCAAAACCAUGAUCCAUAAUCAAGAGCAUGCAAAAAAAUUAGAUCACAUAUGCGAAUAAACUAAGCUUUGA